UUUUGAUAACUCGUGUCUUCGAAGUUUCAUCCGAGUCACAGUAUUUUAAUUCGCUUUUGGAAAACCGUUAAAUUAAAAUAUAUAAUUAAAAAAUAAAUUCGCUAUGCCACAAGGACGUCGCAAAUUGCCCUUUAGUGGAAAACAAAAAAAACUACAAAUACAAGAAAAAAGGAAAAGAAAACUAAAUGCUGCAUCAGAAUCUGAUAAUAGCAACAAAAGAGCAGACACAAAUCUCAAACCAAACAAAGAAUGUUUGACCGAUCUCAAUAUACAGAGUAUUAAUCAGCAACCAUUACAUCGAGGUGGGAGAUCUAAUCCUAACCAGUAUGUAUUAAAAUUUCGACGAGAAACUGAAGAAGAAAUAAAAAAGAAAAAAGAAGAUGCAAGAAAAGAGAUUAUUCCAGUUUCUGAACAAGAACUAGAAUUUGACCCAGCUCUUUAUUUUUGUGGUGACGAGCUUUGUUUUCCAACAAGACCUAGAUGGAGUCCAGAUAUGACUAGAGAACAGUUAGAUAGUCGUGAAUAUAGUUAUUUCAAGGAUUAUUUAAUGAAUCUGAAGAAAAGAAGUGACUGGAAUGAGUUAAGUUAUUUUGAAUUGAACUUGGAAACAUGGCGACAGAUGUGGCGCGUUAUGGAAAUGUCUGACAUUCUCAUAUGGAUAGCUGAUGCUCGUUAUCCAGCUAUCCCAUCAUACUUAUUUACAUAUGUAUUGAAGACAUUAAAAAAGAGUUUGAUAAUAAUUUUGAAUAAAGUGGAUCUUAUACCAUCAGCUAUUGCUUUAGCCUGGAAAAACAAAUUAGAACAAAUACAUAAUAUGAAUGAUGAUGAUAAAGCUAAAGUUCAUGUGCUAUUCUUCACUUCUUAUACAAACAGAUCAGAAUUCAAAGAAGGCAUCCAGAAAAAUAAACGUAAAGGUAAAUUAAAGAUGGCUGCAGAAGCUGCAGAAAAUUUGUUAAAAGAAUGUAAAAGUAUAGUUGAAAAAUAUCAAGCUAAAAUUGAUUUACAAAGCUGGGAAAAGAAAAUUGCCGAAGAAAAAGAACUAGAGUAUGAUAAUGAAGAAGAAGUUAUUGAAAUAGAAGAGAAAAUUACGGUUGUUCCAGACACUAGUUAUGAACAUUUUGAUCUGUUUCAAAAUAGUUAUCUAACUAUUGGUUUACUUGGUCAACCCAAUGCUGGAAAAUCAUCUGUUUUGAAUUCUUUGAUGGGCAAAAAAGUUGUGAGUGUUUCUCGAACUCCCGGACAUACAAAGCAUUUUCAAACAAUAUUUUUAACUCCUAGUGUUCGUUUGUGCGAUUGUCCUGGACUUGUGUUUCCAUCAAAACUUCCCAAGCCAUUACAAGUUUUAAUGGGUUGCUAUCCUAUUGCACAACUACGUGACCCAUAUUCAUCUAUUAAAUUUUUAGCUGAAAGAUUGGAUCUGGUAAAAAUUUUAAAUUUACAACAUCCAGAACCUGGUGAAAAAGAGUGGUCUGCAAUAGAUAUUUGUGACAGUUGGGCAAUCAAACGUGGUUUUAUUACUGCAAAAGCAGGACGACCAGAUACAUAUCGUGCAGCUAAUAACUUACUUCGCAUGGCACUAGAUGGAAAAAUUAGCUUGGCAUUAAGACCCAUUGGAUUUACACAUUGCAAAAAAAAUUUUAUGUCUUCUACACAACUAAAAGAUAUCUUGAAAAUUAAGGGCAUAAAGGAGGAGCCCAAUACAUAUGAACAUAAUUAUGUAGAACCUUCGGAUGAUGAAGAAGAAUCAAUAAAAGAAGUAUUAUCAUCACAUAGUGAUACUAGUGAAAAAGAUGAUAAUGAAGAACUUUGUGUUAGUGAUGAUUCGGAAGUGUGUGGAGCUAUUGCAUCUAAUAAGUUUUCCAUAUUGAAUGUUUCUGAUUGAAAUUUUGUUUACAAUUUCAUCUUAAAUAUUAAUGUUUAUUGAUUAAUAUAAAUUUAUUCCUUAAAUAAAAUUUAAUUUUUUGAUUGGCAAUAGUUAUCAUUAAAUAUGAAAUUGUUAGAAAUAAAGCUGUAUAUUAAGACACUCAAAGAUGAGGCAACUGCGGAAUCUGCGGUCUAUUUUAUACAUAUAGAAUAUUGUAUAACUGAUUUGAGUUUUCCAAAUAAAUAAAAAUUAAUAUAUAA